GUUCCGUAAGUCUGCACGUGACGCUCACACGUACAGAAAGGGACAGAAAACAUGGCGGGACAGAAGUUGUGGUGCGUUCUGCUGCUCUUCACCGGCCUGGCCUGCACCAGUGCGGUGAAAAUGCCCUCCAUGUACCAUGUGCAGGGAUUUCUCACUCUUCCCUACGCCGAAAUCAAGGAGCCGUUUGAAGCCUGGUACAACGAGAAGGCUGGCAUGAGCAGGAUUGAUUACUAUGGAGACAUGAUGUCGACUAUCCAGAAGAGCGAUGCAAAGGGAGGCGCCAUGUACAAGAUGGCCUACAUGACGACAGAGAAGGUCACCAACCAAAAGACGUGUUUCCAGAUCAACGGUGAUCCCAAAAAUCCCGUCAUGCCUCAGUCCAUACUCCCGGAUACUACCAACUUCACUAGACUCGGCCCCUACCCCUACAAGGGACUAGACUGCACUGCCUACAUGCUGACAACUGUGGAAGGUGGCGGCAACAAGAACAACACCUACAUCCUGUACAUGAGUAGGGGGAAGGUUGAGGAGCCUGUUGCCUACUACAUGAAGGGUUACGACAGUCUGCUUGGCUCACAUUACGAUGAGUACCUGCUGGAAUACACCAUGUUCAGCUCAGAGGUGGCAGAGAGUGACUUCGAGAUACCAAAAGGUAUGAAGUGCGGAGACUUCCCUGGACCCGGGGUGGAGCACCACAUGACCUUUAACCCCAUGAAGGACUUCAUGGAACAUCACCGUGGCAACGACCGCACCCACCAGCUGUUCCGGGAGUACCGUCAGAAACACGGGAGGACGUACCAGGACGGCAGCAGGGAGCACGCUCAGAGGCACAGCGUCUUCACAACCAACUCAAGGUUGGUCCACUCUAAGAACCGAGCCAACCUGGGCUACACCCUGGCCAUCAACCACCUGGCCGACCGCACGGACGACGAGCUGAAGAUGAUGCGGGGGCGGACCUACAGCCCCGAGCCCAACAACGGACUGCCUUUUGACGAAGAGGAGUUUGAGCUGACGGACGUUCCCGAUCACAUCAACUGGGCAAUCAGAGGUGCGGUGACCCCGGUGAAAGACCAGGCCGUCUGCGGGUCCUGCUGGAGCUUCGGUGCUGCUGAGGCCAUCGAGGGAGCAUGGUUCCUUAAGACUGGCCUGCUGGUCCACCUGUCCCAGCAGAACCUGAUGGACUGUUCCUGGGGUUACGGAAACAACGCCUGUGAUGGUGGUGAGGAGUGGAGGGCGUACGAAUGGGUGAUGAAACAUGGCGGCAUCGCAAGGGCCUCUCAGUACGGACCCUACACGGGAGCUGACGGCAAGUGUCAUUUUGACCCCAAGCACGUUGGAGCUACUAUAACUGGUUACGUGAACGUUACCUCCGGAAACGCAACUGCUCUGAAGAUGGCCCUGGCCAACAUGGGUCCCACCGCUGUUGGGAUUGACGCUGCUGUGAAGACCUUCAGCUUUUACGCCAACGGUGUCUACUACGACAAGGACUGUGGAAACACCCCCGAGGACCUGGACCACGCAGUUCUGGCUGUGGGGUAUGGCAGCAUGCCCGACAGCAGUGGGAAGAUGCAGGACUACUGGCUCAUUAAGAACUCCUGGUCCACACACUGGGGCGACAACGGAUACGUCCUCAUCUCGCAGCAGGACAACAACUGUGGGGUGGCCACGGACGCCACGUAUGUCAAGGUGUAGGCAAGGCUCCCCAUAAGAUUGUUUUACAGAAGCAAGUUGGAACUGUAGUUUCCUGGCCUGGAAUCCAUCCCUACGAGCUAUUUGCUUGUUCUAGUUGUCACUGCCACUUGUACGACUGCUAAAACUGGCAAACAGCUGGUAGGGAUGGAUCCCAGGCUAGUAUUUUCCAACACGAGAAAUUGGACUUAUGCGCAAAUUUUCAACUGUGCAACUCCAGUCUUUGAAAUGAAGAGUGAAAGAAAUGAGAAGUGACGUCACAUUAUGCAGAUGACUUGCGAGCAGUGGAUCAUAGGUUCUAGAAAGACUGUGGCACCCCCAGUUUCUUGUGUUGGAAAUUAUGGUUUAAACUUGCUUCAGAACCUAACAGAUGAAGA